AUGGUGCAACGGCUGCAAGAGCGUCUCGGUGAGCGCAAUGCGAAGGUCAAGAUGGCCUGCCUUGAGUUCAUACAGCCGGACCUGCCGCAAGCAGUCGGAUCGCUGGUAUCCGAGGGCCGCACUUCCAUAACUGUGAUGCCAUUCCUGCUGGGGCAGGGAACGCAUACCAACGAUGACCUGGAAGAGGAGAUUGCGCGUUCGCUGGAGGCGUAUCCACAGGCGCGAAUCAAGGCAUCCGAGGUAUUCGGCUCGGACCCGGCGCUGGUGGAGAUUGUGGUGGAGCGGGUACAUGAGCACAGCGCAUCGCUGAAUGGCAAGUCAGGAAAUGCUCCAAAGGGCGUAAUGCUGGUCAAGGCGGGGACGCGCUCGGCUGCGGAGGACCAUCUAUGGCUGUACCAGAUGGGACGCAUGCUGGAGGAGCGGCUUGGCGCGGGCUACGCCGUGGCGGUGGCGCAGUCUCACUUCGGCUCUCCGACGAUGGAAGAGGCUGCUGCCGAACUGGUGGAAAAGCAGGGAGUGUCUGCGGUUACAUGCGUUCCCUACAUCUUCUUCCCCGGCCUUAUCCUUACGCGCAAUAUAAUAGGCGGACUAGAGGCGUUAGGACAAAAAUAUCCGGAUGUGGGAUUUGAGGUUACGCCUACUCUGGGCGUCGAAGACGGCCUCGUGGAAUUGACGGCGCGGCGUAUCCUUGACGCAUCACACGAUUAG